AUGCUGACUGCACACUUCGUUACCUCUGCGCUUCUUGGAUCCUUGGCAUAUGUCGCGGCAGCGCCGGCCCUGGUCGAGCUAUCUGCACGACAGAGUAUCACUGCUCUCACGACUGCCCAAAUAACCGCGUUCAGGCCCUUUACCCACUUUGCGAGCACGGCAUACUGCAACCCAAGCACGACAAUUAACUGGUCCUGCGGAGCAAACUGUGCUGCAAAUCCCGAUUUCAUACCUACCGCAUCCGGAGGCGACGGGUCAUCAGUUCAGUUCUGGUAUGUUGGAUUCUCCCCAUCACAGGCUUCUGUGAUAGUUGGACACCAAGGGACAGACACAUCCAGCAUUACCGCCGAUGCUACAGACGCUAAUGCAUUUUUGGAGUCGCUUGACUCUACUCUGUUCCCAGGAAUCAGUUCGUCUAUCGAGGCUCAUAGCGGGUUUGCAAACGAGCAAGCAAAGACUGCGAACACGAUUUUGGCAGCCGUUAAGUCAACUAUCUCCGCUCACAAAGCGACCAAAGUUACAAUUGUUGGGCAUUCACUUGGCGCAGCCAUCGCACUUUUGGACGGUGUUUUCCUGCCUUUGCACAUCAGCGGCGUGUCAUUCCAAAUGAUUGGAUACGGUAUGCCUCGAGUCGGAAACCAAGCCUUUGCGGACUACGUCGACGCCCACCUUGCGGUAACUCACAUCAACAACAAAGAGGACAUCGUGCCCAUCGUACCAGGGCGAUUUUUGGGCUACCACCACCCAUCUGGUGAAGUUCAUAUUAUGGAUAACAAUCAAUGGGUAAACUGUCCUGGUCAAGACAACACAAGCGACGAGUGCAGCACUGGUGAUGUCCCAAACAUCUUUGACGGGGACACCAGCGAUCACGAUGGUCCAUACGACACAGUCACGAUGGGAUGCUGA